AUGGAAGUCAUCCAGCAACUUCUCCGCGCAGAGCACCUACCGCAUUCACAAACCGAGCCCCUGACGAUGCACCUCGUCUCGCCCCUGCCGGAACGUCAAUCCCAGGCGACGGCGCAGAUCAUGGCCUCGUUCCCGCCAGCGCCAGAUACCACCGUCGUCGCCGCCGCCACCGCCGCGGAGAUCACAUUUGAUCACUGCCUAUUCCGCAAAGGCCACCAGGCGCCGGCGAGCGGUUACAUCUUCCGCAGCGAGGCAACCGGCAGCCGGACAAUCGUAAACCACAAUGACCUGCCCGACAUGACGACGGACGAGUUCCUCAACGUCGUCGAGGCGUUCCGCGGCAAAGGCGGCCGGACGUGGUGGCACUUUGAGGGACGGGUUCCGGAGACGACACUCAGCUGCAUUCUGGCUCUUAGGCGGGCCCUGGGCGACGACGUGGUGACGGUCAGCGUCGAAGUCGAAAGGCCGGGCAGGGCGGGGUUGAGAGAGCUCGCUGCUGAGGCUGACGUGGUUUUCUACUCCAAGAGCUGGGCCGAGGCCUGCGGGUAUACGUCCGCUGAUGAUUGUCUAAGGGAAGAGUCGCUGUCGUUACCGCGGACGUCGUUGGCUAUGGUUACGUGGGGUGCUGAGGGAGCAUGGUGCAUAUCACCCAAGGACCGGCAGCUGGUCAAAAGCCCUGUCGAGACGCCGGUGAAGCAGGUCGUCGACUCGGUAGGGGCGGGGGACACCUUCGUUGCGGGCAUGCUGUACGGACUGAUCUGCCAGGCCGACGCUUGGGACGUAACGCACAAGUUGGACUUCGCGGUUGCACUCGCCACACUCAAAGUCCAGCGAGAGGGGUUUGGUGGACUGGGAGACGAUAUUCGUAAGAAUACGCAAAGGUCGCGCUGA